ACGCAGCAUCCUCCCCUCUGAUCCCGUCCCUCACAAAACCCAGACACGACACCAAAACGGCCGCCUCCGAAGUCCCAACCAAGCCCCACCUUCCGCUCCUUCAACCUCGCCCGCGCCCCAACGCAAACACAACAAUAGCCAAUAGGUCCCUUCGCCUCCUCCAGCAGUCCAGCGUCCAACGCAAGCUCCCCAAGGAUUCCAACGCCCGAACCCUUCCUCUCACUCCCCACAGCUCCCGCUCCCACUCGCGAUGGGCAAUUGCUCCCCUUCCCCUCGCCGCGGCCGGCCGACGUCGCCAGCGGGGUCCCCGCCUCUCCGCCGCACCGGCUCCAGCGCGACCACCGCCGCCGGGAACGCCGCCAGCACCGUGGCCCCGUACGCCCUCGCCAGAUCCCCCUCCGUCUCCGUCUCCGUCCCCGGCGGCGGCGAGGCCGGGCAGGGAGAGGAGGGAGGCAUCGUCCGCGUCUACGGCUCCGACGGCUGCCCCGUCGCGUGGCGCCUCCGGGUCUCGCUCCUCUACAAGGCGGCGGCGCCCGUGCACUUCACGCCGUCCGAGGCGGCCCCGCUCGGCCGCCCCGUGCUCCGCCUCUCCGCCUCCGAACCGGAGCUCUGCGGCGCCGCCGACGAGCUGCUGCGCCACGUCGACGCGCGCUUCGACGGCAAGCCCCGCGUCGCGCCGCCCGAGCGGCCCGCGCGCGCCUCGCUCGCGGCCGCCGCGGCGGAGGAGGUUGCCGAGAUGGUGCGGCUGCAGCACCGCAGCGCCGAGCGGCACCUGGAGGGCGUGGCGGCCAAGCUGGCGGAGAUGGUGAAGAAAGGGGGGAAGAAGGCCGGGAAGGGGAGAAACGUGGUUGAGGGCGCGGAGGUCAGGAGGCUCGGGAAAUGGUACGGGGACGCCAUGGAGGUGAUGCUGGAGCAUGCCAGGAUGGAGGAACGGGUGCUAUUUCCCGAUAUCCAGAGGGCAUCGUUUCCAGGGGUGUGCGAUAAGGUCCAGGAGCAGCACGGGAAGCACCUGCCCAUGAUGAACGGCAUCAAGGAAGAUAUAAAAACUCUUCUGACGUUGGAACUAGGCAGCCCCCUCUUCCAUGAAGUGCUGGUCAACCUCUCGAUUCGUCUCAAAGCAUUGCAGGAUCACACCAAAGAGCACUUCAAGGAGGAAGAGAAGGAUAUGCUCCCACGAUUAGAAGGAGUACGGCGGAUGCAGCGUGAGGAGGGGAGCGUUUCUGACAAGUCUAAUUCUGGAUGGGCAUCAGAGGCAAUGGGUACAAUGGAGAUGACACAUUCAAAGCUCUUCCCUUUCUUCAUGACUGGUCUCAUGCCUCAGGAGGCUGUGCAGUACCUAGACCUGGUAUGCAGAUGUACAAGUAACACUCGGCAUCUGGUUUCUAUGCUCAGAUCACUUGCAGAGCGUCUGGAAGACGCAAACCCAUCAAUCAUACACAACAACCCCACGAAACUAUAUGAGCACCUACUUGUAAAAUCCCCAUAAGCUUCAAAAAUCAGCAAAUAUUUACGUGCCACGUAAAUUGUGAAUGCUAACCCCUUUUCUCUUGUGUGGAGUGCAGCUAUGUAAUUUUUGGGUUUAUUGGGCGAUUGUGAAAGCGUGUAUAUUUUAUGUCCUAUCACUCCAAAGUUGCAACCAGAAGCAAAAAGAAAAUUGCAGUGAUUGCAAUGGCAAUGAUUGUUACUGACA